CGCGCAGAAUCAUGCGCUGAAAAUCAGUGUCCGGAAAGGAAAGUGAAACUAUGUCGACACAGACGUGAUUGACCUGUUUUGUUAUUGUCUAGCCCGUGGUUUAAUUUUCGAACGCGAAUGUUUUCGAUUUUCGGUUUGUUUUAUCCGACUCUGUUGGUCACAUUGCGAGAUAAAGGAAGUUUUCAUCACGAUGUUGUAGCAAUUGGUUUUGUAAAAUUUUCAAUCCUUCUACGAAGUACUUAGAAACAGCCGUCCGCAUGCGAUGCUAUCACAUCGCGCCUGGCCGCACCGCCUGUCGCCAUCUGCCGCCCAAUUUUAUAGCACCGCGUUGGCGCAUGCGCAGUCCGAGGAAUCUGGCAUCGAACCGGGCCACAUAGCCACCAUAACCGGCUCGUUCGUUUCUUUUGCGGGCAACGAACCCCUGGAUCACUACGACACUGACCACACAGAAUUGGGGAGCGAAGGUGACGACGCUGAAAUCAGGAGGGACCUAUUGCGAGAUCAAUGGAGGCAGUUUUUCGAUAGGUUUGAUCCGGAAGGUUUCGGGGAGAUUCCAUGGCCAGACUUCUUGAGCGCGCUGGAUCAUCCGGAGUUCCGGGAGCGAGUGAACACAGGCAAACGGCAAAUUUUGAUGGAGAAAGCGCGGGUGGCGACCACCCCAGCAAUAACGUUUCAAGACUUCGUCAACGUGAUGACCGGAAAACGUUCGAGGAGUUUUAAAUGCGCCGUCCAUCACAGGGACCGAGAGGUUUCCUCAGAAAACGAUUUUCACUUGCUUCUGAACGAGCCUCCGCUAUUUCGCAGAAUGGUGACGAUAGUGGCCGAAGAAUUUUUGACGGACGACAGGGACCGGAAGUAUUACGCGGACCAUUACACCUGCUGUCCCCCGCCAUUUUUCACGAUCCUUAUCACGCUUGUCGAGUUGGGAUUUUUCAUUUACUAUUCGGUAAAUACGGGAGAAGUGAACCCGGCGGGACCCGUGCCCAUAAGCUCGAUAUUCAUCUACCGACCGGACAAACGCGCGGAGGUGUGGAGGUUCCUGUUCUACAUGCUGCUGCAUGCCGGAUGGUUACAUCUGGGAUUUAACCUGGUCGUGCAGCUGCUGGUCGGGUUGCCGCUGGAGAUGGUCCACGGGUCGGGCCGCGUCGCUCUCAUCUACAUGGCCGGCGUAGUCGCCGGCUCCCUCGGCACCUCCGUCUUCGAUACCGACGUCUACCUCGUCGGCGCGUCGGGAGGCGUCUACGCCCUCCUCGCCGCCCACCUCUCCAACGUCCUGCUCAACUACAACAACAUGCAGUGCGGGAUACUGAGACUGUUCGGGAUAUUCGCCAUCGCUUCCUGUGACGUUGGUUACGCGAUAUACUCGCGCUAUGCGGAAGAAAUGAUGGGACGCCCCGUAUCGUAUAUAGCGCACCUUACGGGGGCGCUGGCCGGCCUCACGAUAGGCCUGCUCGUGUUAAAAAACUUCGAGCAGAAACUGCACGAGCAACUGCUCUGGUGGAUAGCGUUAGGAGUGUACGCUGCGUGCACCCUCUUUGCCGUGCUGUUCAAUAUUAUGAACCCCACCGUGGAACAGAUCGAGAAUCUGGGCGACGGCGUCAAUAGCAAAUACGUCUACAACAGGUUCGGCGUCUAACGUUAGGGAUAAGCGUCCAUUUUGUUUUUUUUUUGUUUAGUUCUGUAUAUAAGUGUAACACUGUACUGAUCGCGUUUUUCUUUCGGGCCCCAAUGGGCCCUAGUUCAAUCUACGUACGUUUGUAUAUAUGUAGUUCUUCUGUACAUAUCGGCUUAUUUAUUUAGUAUUCGUACCAAAGACUGAGGAUGAGUGUUAAUUUAUGCGUUAUGUUUGAAAUUAUUGUCAGUAUAGUUUCAUUUCAGUCAUUGAUGCGACGGUCGUAGUAUUAGAAUUAAUACUUCUAUUCUGGCAUGUUUGGCCAGCAACUAAAAAGAAGAAUUACCUUUGUUCCGUGCUACCGUCAAAAUUUCUUAUGGCGUUUCGACUGUCGCCGUUUAGUAUUUUCCAUUGCACGAUAAUUUCAGUAAUUGUUUAAGUUAAUCAAAAAGGUAUUUAUCGAUGUACCCCUCGUUUUGUCCUCCCUCGCAGCGGGAGGAGAAUUAUUUUACGAGUGAUAUUAUUAAACUAGUCAUAAAGUUUAAGUAAAGCAAAGCCUACCAAAGAAUGUGCUAGUUAAUCUUUAUAUUUACACAGAUACGAACCACAUCGCCUUACGGUAGACAAUUUUUCACCUUAGAGUAAUAUAUAUCACAAAGAACAAAUUGUAUUUUUGUACGCUCUAGUAGAUGCUUCACGAUAACAUCUGAUCAACCAAAAAGAGAAUUGUGUCUUUGGAUUACUG